GGCGGCGUGGAGCCUCCCGGAAGGCGAGGCGCCGGCGCGGCACGUGGCCCGGCAGAGAUGGGGGCGGCCGGCGAGGAGGCGGCGGCGGCGGGGCCCGCCCGCUUCCAGUGCCCGGAGGACUUCUGCGCGCGGCACUGGGCCCCCGGGGCCGCCUUCUGCCCGGAGAGCCUGGCGGCGGCCGGCAAACGCCUCCUGCUCAUCAGCGCUCCCGCCGACUUCCGGCCGGAGAGCCUCUCCGGCCACCGCCUGGCGCUGCCGGGCUCCCCCCUUUUGAGGGCAUCGCAGCCAGAUGGUAGCCAGAAAGUCUACAGUCUCCAAGCCAGCCAGGAGGAGAGCGCUGCCCGCCUGCUGAUUGCUGCUGCCCGGCCGGAGCGGCUCACCUGUGCCCGGCCUUUCGGGGCCUCCCUGAGGAUUCAGGAGAGACACGCGGACCCCGGCGCCACCCCGGCCCUCUUCCCCGUCGCAGAGAGGCCGCCGCCCCGGAUCCCCGAAGGACUCAAGCAGCGCUUCUUCCCCUUUGGAGCCCGGGUCAAGGGCCCUCUCCCUUCCUCGGAAGUGGCAGGGAAGGCUGCCCGGAAGAGGGGCAAGAAACGACUGCUGCUGCCUUUGAAGCAGGCACUCUGGCAGCCGGAAGGUCCCGAGCAGCUUCAGGGGAGUUCCCCGGAGCCCGCAGGGGGUCUGCUGGGAGGGUGGGUGGGAGGUGGGAGUGAGCCACGGCUCCUGAAGGAGGAGGUGGCAGCGGCAACUGAGCCAGCAGUGCUCCCAGUGCUUGGUGGGCAGCUGCUGUGGAAGGAUGCCCGGCCAAGUGGCCACUUAGAGGAAGGUUCCUUGUUGAGAGAGGUGAAAGAGCUGGACAGGAGAGCCAGGAAGAGAGAGAAGAAGCGGAAGACCCGCCUGGAGACAAAGGAGUUACCAGAUCCCAGUUCCAGGUACUGGCAACCUGAAGCGGAACCCUGGUUGCAGGGAGGGAGGGAGCCAAAGGGAGGUGGGGGCGACUGCGCAGGAGAGCCGGCCGGAUGCAAAGCCAAGAAGAAGACGACGCAAGAGACCGCGGCAGAGGGGCUCUGGGGCGCUGCUGCCAUCAAGGAGGAGCCGGUGGAUGUCCCUUGUCUGGAGAGCCUCCUGGAAGAGAAUUUGAGGGCCAUUGGAGAGGACCCUGCUGGGGUCCCCAGCUGGAAGAAGAAGAAGAAGAAGAAGCGCCGAGAGAGGCUGGCAGAGGGGCUCUGGGGUGCUGCUGCCAUCAAGGAAGAGCCGGGGGACGUCCCCUGUCUGGGGAGCCUCCCAGAAGAGGGUCUUGGUUGGGAACUCGCUGGCUACAUAAAGCAGAGCCCAGGGAAGGGGGCAGGGGAAUUGUGGAGCAUUGUGGCUCUUAAAGAGGAGCUGGGGGACGUCCCCUCUCUGGGGAGUCUCCCAGAAGAGAGUCUGGGGGUCACCCCAGAGGACUCCAUUGGGGAACACCCCAGCUGCAAGAAGAAGAAGAGGAGGAGGAGGAGCCGAGAGAGGGCGGCGGAGGAGCUGUGGGGCGUCGCUGCCAUCAAGGAGGAGCCAGGGGACAUCAGCUCUUUGGGGAACCUCUUGGAAGAGGGUCUGGAAUCUGCUAGAAAGGGCCCAGCUGGAGAACUCCUGGCCUGCAAAAAGAACAAGAAGGGAAAACUGGACAAGGAGCCCCUACAGGAACAGGGGACAGAAACACAGCUGGACUGGGCUGCCCCUCUCUGGCAAGAGGCAGGGCAGGAAGAGCCAUUGCAAACUAAUGGGGCGGUUCCAAGCCCCAGACCCAAAAAGAAGAAGAAGGAGGGCAGGAGGAGGGAGGGGGAGGACCAGGCUGGACUCUUUGAGGCAGGAACUUAACAGCCAGGGAGGGAUGGCUCUCUUCCUGCCAAGUGUUGCUGAUCAGUUGCCAUGUUUUUAUUCCCGCUCUGUCUGCCCCUCCAAAUAAAUUCGAGAGCUUUGCAUGCCAUUUUUCCCC